AUGGCUGCCCCAGCGCUCCGCGUGGCGAUCCUCGCCGCGGUCCUGCUACUCCCAUUCCUCAGCGUGCCGGGCGCCGAGGCGCAGACCAAGAAGUUCUGCCUCACGCAGUUCGCCAUCGCCAGCCAGGCCUGCGCCAUCCUGCCGCCCACCAGCCCCGAGCACCACCACCACGAUCACGACGACGAGGACGAGGACGAGGACGAGGACGAGGACGAAGACGAAGACGAAGACGAAGACGAGGACAGUGACGACGGCGGCGGCGACCGCCGCCACCGUGACCAGGACAAGAAGAGCUAUAGCAGCGUCGUCAGUAAACCCGCCGCGUCCUCCAUGAUCACCGUCGAGGCGGAGGUGGACGCCUCCACCGACGACGACGACCGCAACGGCACCACCAGCCACUCCUCCGUGGUGGGAAACGGAAACAACACCCGCAGCGGAGACGGCGGCGGCGGCAGCGCACGACGCCGCCACGGCUCCAGCAGCAGGCGCCGCCGACACCGCCGUGGCCGUCUGCGUGACGGAGACGACGCCGAGGACGAGGACGAAGACGAAGAUGAGGACGCCGACGAGGAUGAGGACGAGGAUGAAGACGAGGAUGAGGACGACGAUGACGACGACGACGACGACGACGACGACGAGGACGACCACCGCGCGUACAGGGACUGCUGCCGGUGGCUGAAGGAGGUGGAGCCGGACUGCGUGUGCGAGGCGCUGCUCCGCCUGCCGCCCUUCCUCGUCAAGCCGCAGCACAAGUACACCGUCAAGGUGGGCCACUCCUGCAAGUUCACCUACAGGUGCGGCGGCGUCUGA